CACACAGAUGGAGAGCACCAGUUUGGCUCUUUGGAUAUAAACUGUAUUUUUUUUAUCGAGUACUGUGCAGGGCAAUUAUGGAGCCUGAGACGAAGCGGUGGAAAGGGUCAAAGUGCGAUGACGAUUCCUGGGUGGCCUUCCCUGUCCUGUCAGACGAACAGUCAGCAGACGUGGAGCUGGUGGAGGCGUUCGCCGCGCCCAUCGUCAACAGGAAGGCGACGUCUCGGCUCGUCAGGGAGCUGAACGGCGUCUACCCGCUGACUGGCCUGCAGCACGUGAAGCGGGUCCGGGCCUGCCGGGCCGAGGACAGUCCCCACCCUCUGGAGGUCCUGCUGUGCCUGCUGAGCGACGUGCCGAAUCCGGCGGACGCCAGCAUUCCGUCUCUGCUGCCCGCAGGCAGCUGGGAGGGGCUGGGCGAGCCGUUUGUGGUGAAGGUCCCAGCGCGACCCCCGCUGACCCGGCCGCAGUUCGAGCUGGCGAGCCGCCGCUGGCCCACGACCUUCCAUGAAGACAAGCAGGUGACGGUGGCGCUGCGAGGGGAACUGUUCGGCCCCCAACAGAGAGCCCUGAUGCACACCUUCAUGGCGUCCGCCGUGGCCGCCGCGAGAGCUGCGGCGCAGCUGGGGAUGGAGGCGGUGGGGGCGGCGGUGGUCGACCCCGAGACGCAGCGGGUCGUCACCGUCGGCCACGACCGGCGAGGCGAGCACCCGCUGCAGCACGCCGUCAUGGUCUGCAUCGACCUGGUGGCGCGGAGCCAGGGAGGCGGCUGCUACCGCCACGACAGGUACGCCGCCUGCCGCUUCGCCCCUACAGACCCCCAACCAGAGGGGGGCGCUGUGCCGUACAUCUGCAGCGGGUACGACCUAUACGUCACCAGGGAGCCCUGCGUCAUGUGCGCCAUGGCGCUGGUGCACUCGCGCAUCGGCCGGGUUUUCUACGGCGCCGCCGCUGCUGACGGAGCUCUAGGGACAAGAUUCAAGAUCCACACGCAGAAAGACCUGAACCACCGCUUCCAGGUGUACAGGGGGGUCCUGAAGAGGCAGUGUGAGGAUCUGUCCAGCAGGGGGCGUAAAACACCUGAACCACCGCUUCUUGGUUAGCAUACUGGAGACGCAGUGUCAGAACCUGACCACCAGGGGGCGUGUAUGACUUGACAACAGCAUGCGGACGUUUCAAUGCUUCUGAAGAAACUUCAGAAGAAAGGAUUUUAUUUUCUACAAGAUGUUUCUUAUUUUGAAUAAAGUUUUAAUCUUUUGAUCCCGUUUAGGUCCAGUCUGGACGCCAUUUUGAUUUCAGAAUAUUUAGGCAUCAUAUAAAAAGCUACAGGAGUCAAGUUUAAAGACCAAACACAAAUAUGGCCAAAAGUAAGUGCACCCUUUAACAUUGGUUGUAUGGUCAUUUGAAUUUUAUGAAGUUCUAAAACAUCUUAAAUAUAACUUUAGAAAAACAAGAGUACACAAAUAUUCAGUGAAAAAAAAAGUACACGAGUCUUAAGCAAGAGAGAGGUCUGAACUGUGGCUCCACUCCAACUACCCAACUCACUCUCCAGCCACACCCUAAAGUCCUUAACUCCAAUUACAUAUGCAAAUUUACAAGAAGAAUUUAGUAUAGUCCAAUAUAACAAAUUGGUAUGCAAGAGAGAUUUAACUAGUAAUCAUUUUUAUCCUAAUAAACAAAUCAUAAGAAAUUUAAACAAUUUAUCCUAAAGGUCUGAAUGAACUAAAACUGAAUUUAGGCUUCUACAAAAACCUUAAAAUGGUGUUGAUGAUCACAAACUGAGGCGAGGAGCUGAGGGCACAAACAUUUUAUUAAAGAUUAGGAGCAGGAAAAAAAUCACAUCCAGCUCUGGAGGAACCGAUCAGAACUGGCGGCCCGGGUCUCCAGACAGCAGCUGGGUGAACGUAGCGUUUCCCACACAGUAAACCUCCCUCAGUAAACGGAUAACCAAUCAUACCUUUACACAGGACACGGG